AUGGAUGAAGACUGUAUCGAGUCUGGAGAGCCGAUCUAUGAGCUCGCCAGCGAAUGUGAGAAAUUAUUCUCCGAACAAAUCUCGAGGCUGAAAGAUGAAGAGAAUCUCAACGGAGCAAAGGUUGUUGGGGAAUACCAACAACAGUUCUCAGCAUGGGCGGCCUUCUUAGGCGUCUUCGCCGUCCCCGAGAUGUGCCUUGAUCGUAGGCUACAGAGGCAUGCUGAUAUACAAGAUCUGGCGCUUCGCUUGCUAGACAUUAUGAAGAGAAAUUUAACUUAUCUUUUCGAACCUGAGAAUGCUUUCGAUGAGGAGGGCAUCGAGGUUUCCGAUUCAGAUGGAGCUUCAUCGCCUCAACCUCAACUCCAUAUCAGCAUAGAAAGCCUUAGGGGAAUCGAGGGGGCCAUCGAACGUCUCCAUCAUCUGGGAGGGACCAUCCAACUAUCGUCAGAAGCGAGCCAGGCAACUAAAUUGGGAAAAUUCGCGGCAAAGUUUGACUCUACCUCAUUCGAAGGAGUCGCGCGCCUAGCCAUUACUUCAUUCUAUCCGGACGCAAGCCCAUCUCUAAUUGAGCAACUUGCGCGCGCCAUGACGGAUAUGUAUCAAAAGUUUCAUUAUAGGCGCUCUCGUCAAUUAAGACUCCAACCUCGACCUCAGCUACAACUAUCCACUAUAAACGAGGAGCCAGCUCCACAGAUAAAGGCUACCACAUGGGAAGCCGAUUCACCACCAGUUGUUGUUCCCCCUCCAAUAAACGAUAUCUAUAAACGGUUGGCUCGUCCGAUUGUGUUGUCGCAUUUGGGAGCCAGAUCUCAUCAGUCAAAGGAAUCCAAGCCCACAUCUCUUGACAGCCAAGAGUUCAAAAAACGAUUUUCGCAAAGAAAAGAAAGCUCUAUGAAGAACAAAACAAAGUCUAUUGCCGCUAGUCUUGUCGCUUAUCCUCUACCGUCGGAAGCAAGCCUAAAUUGUGAUUGGUGCUUUUCGCCUCUCUCUGGGGACGAGUUCAAAGGGGACAAAUGGAAGAUGCAUCUGAAUGAGGACUUCAAGCCUUUCCUCUGUCUCUCAGAAAAGUGUAGUGAGCCCUUAAAGCGAUUCGCAACUUCCAGAGCCUGGUUCAGUCACAUGCUCGAGGCUCAUGGUCAGAAUUGGCAUCGAGAAGUGCAUUUGCCGGCUUGGUGGAGUUGUCCGUUAUGCAACAGUCAAGAGACAACAUAUCCAAAGGCACAAGAUCUCUCUGAACACAUAUCAAAGCUGCACUCAGACGUUUUUACCGAGCAACAGAUCCAAGUCAUCGUGCAUCAGAGCCGACUUCGAGCUCCCCGCCCACAAGAUACUUGUCCUCUUUGUUGCCUUUCUAUGAAUGAUGAACAAAAUGCCAAUCAAGAUGGUCAGCUCUUGAAAAAAGCAUUCUCAAAGCCUCCAAAUCAAGGCCAGCAGCUAGCGGAAAGCUCCAAGCGCAUAAAGACAGAGGCCGGCUCUAUACAGCUUGAUCAUCACAGCAAUACCGACACUGGAUCAACAGAGCAGGAACCACCAAACUCUCAAAUACCAGGCUCCCAAAGUCUAGGUCAACUGAAUAUUGAGACAAUUGCAAAACAUGUGGCCGCGCAUCUUCAAGGAAUGAUGCUCUUCUCUCUUCGCAUGAUGGCUCUGGAUGCUGUCGCAGAUAAGUCAACGGAUGAUGAGGCUUUGUCUGGUCAUACCGACAAUGAUUUAUCCCGCCUCGGUUCAAAUCAACAUCUGUCUCUUCCUGAGACUCAGGGGAUACUGGAAAGGAUCAAUGAUCUGCUGGUAGAAAAGGAUAGCAUGGAUGUUGAUGAUUCUUUGGUGGAAGAUACCAUUCCGGACUGCGAGCAAGACAUGAAUUGGCAAGAUUUCAUUCCUAUUAGUGAGCCUCCUCCGGAAGCCGACACGUUUCUACAGCAAGUGAUAGAUUCUGGAGCGUUUCAAACCAGAGAGCAGGUUCCAUCUCGUAUAGCUGCUAUUAGGAAAACGGCUGAAAACUCCCCUGUACUAGCACGGCCUCGCACACCACCAGCGACCAUCAUAAUAUUUCCUUUCCGUCAUGACCCCGGCUUCAUUGGUCAUGAAGCUAUUCUCAAUGACCUCGUCGACGAAUGUUCUACACGUCCCGCUCGUUUGGCCCUUGUUGGCCUAGGCGGCAUUGGCAAAACUCAAGUGGCUAUUGAGCUUGCCUAUCAGUUGGUAAAGUUGGCGAAAAUGUCUGUAUUCUGGGUCCAUGCCGAGAAUCGGUCGAGCAUCAACCAAAGCUUCCAAAACAUUGCGUCGAAUAUUAGCCCGCGGGGACAAGCGGACUCGGUUGAAGCUUGGUUGCGACAUACGUCUGAGUGGCUCUCCAAAGAACGAAAUGGUCGAUGGGUAAUGAUUCUAGAUGGCGCCAACGACCACAGCAUUUUCGACAACGAGCUCUACUUGCCGAAGAGUCAGAAUGGGACAAUCAUCGUCACAACUCGCCGUAGAGACGUGGCUUACAGACUAACUGGAAACAAGCACGAUGUGGUUGAAAUUGGACCCUUGUCAGUGUUUGAAGCCGUCAUUCUCCUAGAAACGAAAUUGGGACGGAAGGGAAAAGAGCGGUUUCCAAAGAAUGGCGCAGCGAGUGGUCUCGUUAAAUCACUUGGCUUGAUUCCACUGGCUAUUUGCCGAGCGGCAGCCUAUAUACAGUCUAUGCCGCUCACCAGCUCUCCAAGCGGCUAUACUCCAGAAAUCGCUUCGGGCUUCUCGUCAGUCGCACCAAACAGGCCAGCUUCACCAGCUCCCAGCUCCAAGCAUGACUCCUCGACCAAUCUGCAUGCGAUUAGCGAUGAUCCGGGAGAGAGCACUGCCACCACUUGCGUUAACUGCUUCACCCAGACAACUCCCAUUUGGAGGCAAAACCCCGAGGGUCAACCUCUUUGCAAUGCCUGUGGCCUCUUUCUGAAGCUUCAUGGUGUUGUAAGGCCUCUUAACUUAAAGACUGAUGUAAUCAAGAAGCAAAAUAGAGGGUCAGCUAAGCCGCUUAUUGAGAACAAAGAUGACACUACAACUCCACUUUGGAGACGAAAUUCGGACGGCCAGCCUCUCUGCAAUGCCUGUGGCCUUUUCCUAAAGCUUCACGGUGUUAUGCGGCCCAUCGCCUUGAAAAGAGACCUUAUGAAAAAGCGAAACAAAGCGUCGGCCAAGCUGCUUAUCAAAGAAAAAGAUGAUGCCUCGAGUUACCUAUUAGUUAACGAUGAUCCAUUUAUUAGGCCUCAUCAGGCCGAAGGUGCCAAGACCAUCCCGAGAAACCCUUUGACUGAUUUAUCUCCGAAAUCCUCGCAUCACGAUGGUUCGACGCCCCCGAUAGUCGACUCAGACGAAGAAGAUGUUACUGGCGAUAACCCCAUGUAUGAAGAUGAUGAGGACGACAACAUCGCUGCUCACGGUCACUCUCAUACGGCAAACAAUAUCAACGAUUCCGAUGAUAUCCACCUUGAUGACGAGAUGUUGUAUCCGUCAGCAGAAGAGGUUUCAGCAGAAGAGACAGCAGAAGAAGGGACAGCGCUACUCCAUAUCGAGGAACAACUGGUCAAAUUAAGAGACAGCGAACAUGAAAAGCUCAAGCUGCUAGGGUUUGAAGUUUCCAGCCCCGAUCGAAGCGGACAGGUUCUUGAAAGCCUUUUUAGGACUUUUAAGUCUUCCAUUGCUGAUCUUCGCUCGCAAAGCUCAUCUGCAGCUGAUCUCUUAUCACUAAUGAGCUGUUUUGAUCGCCGUGGUAUUCCAAAAUGGUUGCUGAGACCCUUUGGACGAGGCCAUGGCGCUCAAUUUACAGAUGUCUCUCCCAGUGAAGACACCUUGGAUGAAGCAAGCGGCGACUUAGACGUCUUAUUACAUCAGGACUUGGAGAUAUUACUGAACCACUGCCUCAUCACAGCCAAUGGGACCAAGCAAAUGUUUGAGAUGCACGGGCUUGUCCAGCUCUCUGUGAAGAAGAAUCUGGAUGCCUCUCAAUUACAAACAUUUGAGCAGCAAUUUAUUAAGAUGCUAGCAAUGGUAUUUCCGAGAAGCAUCUACCCCAGCUGGACAACCUGCGAAGAGCUGUUUGCCCAUGUCCAAGCAGCAGCCAGCUAUCAGCCAGCCCAUGAUUUGCUAGAAGACUUUGCAAAUCUUCUACAUAACGGAGGUCGAUUUGCGCGGCUGCAAGGCAGAUACGAAGUUGCCAUGCAAUUGGCCGAACAGGCGUUAAUAGCGCGACAAAUGGCAGAGCAGGAUGAUACGAAAACCUUGACACUAAUUGGACUGAUACUCUUGGACCAAGGACUGUAUGACAAGGCUGAGGAAUCGCUCAAGCAAGCAUUGGAUGCAUGCAAAAGAAGAAGCCCUAAUAAGAAUAAUCGUCGAACCGUGGGCGGCCUCAACAAUAAGCUGGCACUGGUAUAUAAGGCUAAGGGCCGAUGGAAGGACGCGAUGGACAUCCAACUCUCGGUAGAUUUCUAUCGACCAGACUCUCUGGGGUUGGAUUAUCCAAUAUUUUUAACAAGUAAAUCAAAUCUGGCGUCAAUGUACAGAGCCCAAGGCCGGUAUAUGGACGCAGAAAGGACACAGAAAGAAGCGGUUGACAGCUACAAAAACAACUUUGGUCCCGAUCACCACCUAACUCUGACCGGCUUGAACAACUUGGGGUCGAUAUACAGACUCCAGGGAAAGUUGGGAGAAGCCGAGACUCUCCAAGCACAAGCCCUCGUCUCCCUCAGGAUGAAGCUCGGAGGAGAACAUCCCGACACACUCACAUGCAUGAACAGCCUAGCAUCAACAUACAGGCUCCAAGGCCGCCUUUACGAAGCUGAAUCUCUCCAAGAAGAAGCAUUAGAGAUGCGAAAGAUAAAACUCGGGUCUGACCACCCCCAUACGCUCGCCAGCAUGAACAACCUCGCCUUGAUAUACCUCGCUCAAGGCAAACACCAAGUUGCUGCCAAGCUACAGUCGGAAGUGGUGGAGAUUUGCAAGACGAAGCUCGGGCCAGAGCAUCCUCACACUCUGACGAGCUUGAACAAUAUUGCUCUCAUUUGGAAAGCCCAAGGUCGAGAUGCGGAUGGCCGGUGGAAGAUGGACGAGUGUCUUGAAGCUCGACUGCGAGUUCUUGGCCAAAACCAUCCGUAUACCAUAUCUUCUAGGGUAUCGGCAGAAAGCUGGUGGUCGUCCUCUCGAUAUGCAAGAUUCCCCGACAUCUCGUAG